AUGGGCUUUGUCAAAAUCCUUUCCCUUUCUCUUGCGGCUACAGCUGUGGCCGAUGCUGCAACUAUUUUGUCACCUAGAUACCCCAAUGAUGUAAUUCCAAAUGAAUACAUUGUUGUUAUGAAGGAUGGAGUUUCCAGCGCAUCAUUUGCCUCUCAUAGCGCCUGGGUGGCCGAUAUGCACUAUUACAACCACACCAAACGAGCACUCCCCGGUCAUGGCAUUCAGGAGGUAUAUGACAUUUACGAGAUGAAAGCUUAUUCUGGCAAAUUUGACGAAGAUACCAUUCAGAGAAUUGCGAAAGAACCUGAUGUUGCGUUCAUUGAGCCCAAUCAAAUUGUGACGAUUUCCGAGAUUUCCGUGCAGAAAGCAGCUCCAUCCUGGGGUCUCCCACGUAUUUCAGUUAAGGAGAACCAGUUGUCUUCUAACACUGAUUACUUUUAUGAUAGCAGCGCGGGUGCGGGUAUCUGGGUCUAUGUUGUUGAUACUGGAGUUGAUAUUAAACACCCCGACUUUGAAGGCCGUGCUGUCUGGGGCACCAGCACAGUUGACAGAUCUAAGACUGAUCGCCUUGGCCAUGGCACCCAUGUUGCUGGAACAAUUGCAAGCAAGACCUAUGGUGUUGCUAAAGCGGUUAAGAUCAUUGCUGUGAAGGUGUUUAAGGAUAGAACCACCAGCUAUAAGAACAUAAUUGGUGGCAUCGACUGGGCAGUUAAGCAUUCCAAGAAAAAUAACAUGCUUUCCAAAUCUGUUGUUAACAUGAGCCUUGGUGGCGGUCGAAGUUCGGCUAUGAACAAGGCCGCUGCCAAUGCUCAUAAGACCGGCAUGUUCGUUGCUGUUUCUGCCGGCAAUACUCCGGUAGAUGCUAUGAAUUUUUCCCCUGCCUCCGAACCUCUCGCUUGCACAGUUGCAGCAUCCGAUAAAGACGAUAUGCAAGCACAGUUUUCCGCCUUUGGGCCCGCUGUUGAUAUCUUUGCUCCUGGAACGGAUAUUGUUUCCCUCGUCCCACGUAAAAAAUUCGGAACUAAAUCGGGUACUUCUAUGGCCGCAGCCCACGUUUCUGGGGCAGGUGCCUAUAUUAUGGCACUUGAGAAGAUUCCCGGAAAUGAAGUCUGUAACCGUCUCAAAGAGCUCGCCCAAAGCUCCAUUGUCCGUUCAAGCGAUAAAACCACCAGGAAGCUUCUUUACAACAAUAGCGGGAAGUAAAACAGCCUUUUUAAAUCGAGGAAUUUGGCAGGAAUUGUGGUACUUGAACAUCAUUAAACCCAAGUUUGAUCUUGGUGGUUCAGAAAGGCUGCAUUGAAAACCCGGGAAGUGCAUUUGCUGUCUAUAUGCUGUGAAUUAGAUACUUUGUCAUAGAU